AACUCCCGCUGAUCACGUCGCGUUAUGAUGACGUUCUCUUUUCACGUAAUUUCAUGAAGGUUGCAAAACAGUUGCGUCAGAAACGUGCGCAGUUGUUUCCAGAAAGGUGAUUGUCAAGCGCUGCUCUUUCGAGUGAUUCAGAGAACAUAUUGUGACCAUGUUGGUGGCGAGGCUGACAUGCCUGAGGAAUGUCCCGCUCGCCGGGCUCCGACCUGUGCUGUCUCAGAGUUCUCCUGCUCUGAGAACACCCAUCCUGAAGACCUACUCCCCUCUGCUAAGGCCCCAGCAGGGAUUAUCCUCCAAGGCCAGAUUUGGGUUCCGUCGUGUGAAGACAGCCAGAGACCAGUUCAAAGAUGCAGCUUUCGAACCAACAGAUACCGCCAUCAAAAUUGACAGCAUGGGAAGAAUGGUCCUUGCUGGAGGUGCAGCUGUUGGCCUGGGAGCUCUGUGUUAUUAUGGACUCGGCAUGUCCAAUGAAAUCGGUGCCAUUGAGAAAGCAGUGAUCUGGCCUCAGUAUGUGAAGGACAGAAUCCACUCCACCUACAUGUACUUUGCAGGCAGCGUUGGAUUCACAGCUCUGUCAGCUGUAGCAGUGAGCAGGACUCCGGCACUUAUGGGUCUGAUGAUGAGAGGAUCUUGGCUGGCUAUUGGAGCAACUUUUGCAGCCAUGAUUGGUGCCGGCAUGCUGGUCAGGUCCAUUUCAUAUGAGCACAGCCCAAUGCCCAAACACUUGGCUUGGAUGUUACAUGCAAGUGUGAUGGGUGCCGUCAUCGCUCCCCUCACUCUCCUGGGAGGACCUCUGAUGAUGAGGGCUGCCUGGUACACAGCAGGCAUCGUGGGAGGUCUGUCCACUGUGGCUAUGUGCGCCCCAAGUGAGAAGUUCCUCAACAUGGGCGGGCCAUUGGCUGUCGGCUUUGGGGUGGUUUUUGCUUCUUCUAUUGGGUCAAUGUUCCUGCCGCCCACCUCAACAUUCGGAGCAGGUCUGUACUCCGUAGCCAUUUACGGAGGCCUGGUCCUGUUCAGCAUGUUCCUCCUCUAUGACACACAGAAGGUCAUCAAGAGAGCAGAGACACACCCACUCUACGGCGUGCAGAAAUAUGACCCCAUUAACGCGUGUAUGGGGAUCUACAUGGACACUAUGAACAUCUUCAUGAGACUGGUGAUGAUUCUGUCAAAUGGUGGCGGCGGCAGAAGGAAGUAAACAACAUCAUUGUGACUUCAGCUUCAGUUUUCCCUUCCACAGAGCUGGACAAAAUCAAGUUUUGCUUUUAGCAGCAUUUUCCAGGUGUGAUCUCUUAGCAACAAGUCUUAUCUAACUGGUAAACAAACACGACUGCUUUGUAAAUGUGCAAGAAAGAAGACCACCAGACAAAUCGAAAGCUGUUAACUUGAUUGUGGAAGUAACUGAUUCAUCCUGAGGGUAACAGACAGGUUGAAAUGUGUAUGUCGGCGUAAUUUGUAUUCUUUGUUUUAUAUUUAUUUUACACUCGUAGGUGUUUCUGUUUUAAUGAGAAUGAAAGAGAGGGAUAAUCUAUGGUAAUACAACAGAAAUGCCACACGUCAACAAUAGACUUAUUCAGACUCGGUAUCAUAAAUAACAUGAUGUAUGCACUUUCUCCAUUAUACAUUGAUGUAGUUCUGUGAUGGGUUAAAGAGGUGAUAACUUGUUCUUAUAUUUUUGAGAAAAUAGACCCUUAUUUCAGCCAUGGAAUCAUUAAAUAAACAAGCAAAAAGUUGUCA